CCUUCGUUGAUUAUCUGCGGACUUGCUGCACGAUUUCUUGCUGUACGGUUGGUAAUUCAUUUCAGUCCAGUUACUCUGAUUUGACAUAUUUCAUCGGAGGUUACUGGCACAGUGAUUCCAUUAUGGAGGAGCUAUUUGUUGGUGGCAGGAAGGUUCUCGUCCCGUUGGCAUGGGGAAUCCUGUUGGUCAGCGGAUUCACCGCAACCGCAUCAAAUAAUGCAGAACUAGCACUGCUGUGCAGUGUGGAUUCAUCCGUGCCAAUCGCCCAGCAAUUGCAGGAGAUGGCGGAUUGCAUUACGGCCAUCGGCACCAACUUCCGGCGGCUGGCGGACGCAAUCCACGUCGAACAACGGAUGUCGUCCAGCAACGCAGCGGGUAGCGCCAACGCUUCUUCGCCGCCGCCGACCCCGCAAACCACUACCACCGUUUCCACACCGGCCACUCCACCACCCAGGCUGAUUCACCAGGAAUGCGACACCACACCGCCAUCCGCACCGCCUCCCCGUCUACAGCAGAUCUCAUGGUUGCGAUGGAUCGUCGAGAACCUGUGCCGGGUAGCCGAACGUCAUCUGUUUUUCUCCAUGGUGACGGGCUGUGUCAUCCUUGUGACAAUCAUGGUGUGCUUUGCUGCGCUGGUCAUGCCUCGCUUGUUUGACGCAAUAGAGCGGCGUAGCCCGCGUGGUCGGGUUCUGUUUAGUUUGGGGCUGAUCUCCGCCAUUGUUUUGGUUGCGUGGACCGUUGAUAGUCUGUGGCAGGCGCUGUACUGAUGGGCGGUUAGAAUAGUAGGUUUGAAUUAAGAUUUGCUGUCAAUUACGACAUCGACUAUUGUGGUCAG